UGAAGUUUGUUGUGGCCUUAAUUGGGUCUAUUAAUUAAGUGAACUUUGGAUGAGAAAUUGGUUAAAUAAUCUGUCAUUCUGUCUAAUGUUUGUUAAUAGAUUUGAUUUUGCCGAUGAUGUCUUAAUUAAUUGGGUUCCUUUCUUUUAUCUUCUUUUUUAAUGAUUAUUUCAGAGGAGAUCUCGGAAAUCUUAGGUACGGUUUGUUGAGGAUAUUUUUGAAGCACUACUUGUCUUGUCUGCAGAUGCAUGCUGCUCUAUAUAAAUAGUAUUCUAAGAUCAUAAUCAACUUCAAAUUAUCACACCAAACUCUUGACUUCACUAUUGCUUCUGUCUAUCAGAAAAUCUUGGCCCCCUUUUUUUCUGUUUCUUAUGUCCCAUGUUACUUACCUAUAUCAGUAGAUUGUGAUUGUUGUGGUUGGAACAUUCAGAAGAUUGAAAGAAGUGGCAAAAACAAAAAGACGAAAAAUGGAAGGUGGCUUGUUUCCACAUUGGAAAGAUGGACCAUGGCACGAGCUAGAUUUAGAGGAGAAUGAAGAACUGUUUUUGGUGUCAUCCUUGCCAGCAAUACCUGAGCCACCAACACCACAUGAGCCUAUGGAGUUCUUAUCCAGGUCAUGGAGUCUCUCUACUUCUGAGAUUUCAAAGGCUCUUUCGGAGAAGCAAAACCAAAACCAACCUCUUCUUGAUCAUAAGAGUAGUCCAGACACACUGCCUGAACCAAUUUCUGCACCUCAAUUAGUACCAGGUAAGAUCACACAUUCUGGUCACUGUAGAAGAAUGAGUAGUACUAUUGGGAAAUGGUUGCAUCAGAAGCAGAAUGGAAAUACUAAUACCAGUAUGAAAAAGAAAGAUCAGGCACGUAUUGAGAAUACACGUGUGCAUUCUGCUCUUUCCAUUGAGAAUACAUUGUAA